AUGCCCAACACAACACAUCAUGACACUCAACCGCCUCCUAAUACUUUUAACCACACACCACAUCCUCAUACUUUUAUCCACACACCACAUCAAUCUUACGGGUUCACGUCAGGGGAACAAUUUAAUUUUGACAGUCAACAACCACAUCAAGAAGACAACCGUCAACUAUCAUUUGCAUUAAACGAAGAGGAAUUGUUGUAUAACACGUUCGACAGUCGUCAUAAUACACUUGAGUCCGCUACCCAAUUACUGAAUAAUAUGUGUCAACAAAAUUUUCAAAUUCCAAGCUUUUGGAAUGCAUAUACUCCGUUGAAUCAAAUAUCUAACUGGACUCAAGGUGGAAGUAGUUCUUCUGCAGCAAUUCCACCUAGACAUCCUCCACAUCAAGAAGACAAAGAUCAAGAAGAAGAAGAACAACAACAAGAAACUCGUGAUGUACCAAGGCGUCGUCAAAAUCCCGUACGUGUGAGAAAACCUCGACAAUGUGGUUCACCAGAUUCUAUCGGUUCAUCAGAUUCUAUCGGUUCACCAGAUUCUAUCGGUUUGGCCGUCGGGAAUGAGCUUGGAGCUGGUAAACCAUACAAGGCAAAACUCGCAGCCAUGGUUGCAUUAGGAUGUGCUUUCGUAAUGGGCUUCAUCAAUGUGGCAUGGACUGUGAUUCUUAGAUAUGGGUGGGCCGCGUUGUUUACAAAUGAUGAGCCCGUAAAAGCUUUGGUUGCAUCGGUCAUGCCAAUCAUGGGCCUAUGCGAGCUUGGAAACUGCCCACAAACAACGGGAUGUGGCAUCCUUCGUGGCACGGCACGGCCCGUCAUUGCUGCUAACAUUAAUUUGGGUUCAUUUUACUUUGUGGGCACACCGGUUGCUGUGGGCUUGGCAUUUUGGUUCAAAUUUGGGUUUAGUGGGCUUUGGUUUGGGCUUUUGUCUGCGCAGGUGGCAUGUGCUUUGUCAAUUCUAUAUGUUGUUGUGGUACGUACGGAUUGGGAAGCAGAGGCUUUGAAGGCAGAGAAGCUAACAAGAGGGGUAGAGAUGGGAAAUUGGAACGGAAGUAAGAAUAAAGACAAAAUGAUAGAUGAUGAGGAAAACAAGGGUUUGUUGGUGUAUGGAAAUGGGAACAAAAUUGACAUUUGAUAAUAUAAAAAGGUUUUUGUU